UUGGUAUGUCGUGUAUGUUUUUCUAAACGUCCAAAUAUGCAAAUGAGGCAACAACCUGUUAAAUAAAUAGAAAAAAAACAGACACAAAAAAAUCUAAAUUUGAGAACUGUUUUCUAGCAAAACAAAUUGUUUAAAAGAAUAUGACGAAUGUCUAAUGUUCCCGGCUGCUCGGUCCUAACUGACCACGUGCUGAGCUCGUUAUCUAAUCCUAAUCAGCGUUUGACCCUGUGGGAGUCCGCAGGGUAAUCUCAGGAAACUCACACUUAGUAAUUGUUUAAGCAGUGUUUUGGGAAUAAAAGCAAACCCCAAAUGGAAAACAGGCGCUGAUUUAUGGGGCUCAAUUUGGUUAUAUUCGUUUCAUUCAUCAUUAUUUAUUUUUAUCCAACUAAUUCAUUGUAUUUCUUUCUAUAUUCUGCAUAGGACUGUUUGCAGGAGAUACAUAAGAAUUAGAACAACAUUAAAAUCCACAGUGAGUUAUGCCUCAGGCUGUUGUAACGUUGUAACGCACCCAGGAUGAGUCCUUUUGUUGGAGGAUCAGAUGACCUCUGAGCGAGGAGGCCUCACUCUGUCUGCGUUUCAGAGUACCACCAUCAGGAGAUACUUGUCCUUCAGACAAUGGGAGACAACACAUCACAUGUCUGCGCCCUUCUGGUCUAAAUCGAACAAAGGACACGGGAGAAUAUUGGCCCGGACCUUUAUUUGUGUUUUUUUGUCUCUCACAGUAACUCAUCGCUUCAAGUAUAAAGGAUCUUUGGGGCGCGCUUCUUCUUCGUGUUUCUCGGUUGUCAUGGAAACGGCCGCCUCACAAACCGACGCCCCCGUCGAUCCUUUAUAGCGAGACAAUACAACUAAAAAAAAAGAGGCGAAGGCGCCCCAGAUGAACACCCACAUGUCUGGAGCGGAGGAGCGGGCUCUCCUGGAGCUGAACCUCCGCCGGGAGACGUGGUGUCAGGUGGAGGUGAACCCCCGGCGGUGCUGGGAGAGGACCGAGAGGAGACACUACCGGGCUCACCUGCGCACCAGCCCGGUCCUCCUCACCGCCCUGACCGGCGGGCCGCGGCGCGGGGCGGCCCGCGGGGAGCGGCCGCCCGCCUCCGACCUCCCGGAGAGAAGGCACUUCGAAGAGAGCCAUCGAUCACAGCUGGUGUAGGCGGGAACGAAAACAUCUGGACCGGAAUUGGAACUUCAACGAUUAAGGGCCAGAAUACAUCACAAUAUCUGUUCAUAAGAGUUACAGGAGAACUACAAGUAUUCACCUCAUUUAUGUACUUCUGCCUCUAAUAGAAUAAAUAAACUAGUGAGUUUUCUUCCAUAUCUGAGACUGGUUCACAUAGAGGAUCAGGACGAGGGGCUCGUUCCCGGGAGAUGGAAAGAGAAGAGAAACAUCUGCAGAGGAGAUCCAGCUGUGUCGAGGCCGCAGAGGGAGUCGGUCUCCACACAGAUGUGUUCCAGAGGGAGCUGCUGGACCAGCUGGUCUCUCUGUGUGGAGGCAUCACAGAUGUGUCAUUUGUCUUUUGUCAACGCGUAUUCUACAGAAAACAUUAAGGUGUAUAAACUACUGCACUACUGUGUUAUAUUAACGGUAGAACAUGGGCUCCAACUACUAAAAGGAUUAUAGCAAAGAACACCUCACUUCUAGUACAACACAUAUUGCAUAUUAGCAUCAGCAGUACUUCUGCAAUAAGAGCUCUUCUAGUUCCACUUUACAUCAAAGUGAGAAUAAAGAUCAUAACUUAAA